AUGGAGGAAAAGAUGGGUGAAUUAAGAGAAGACCUUACCAAUGAUAGAGGUAAGGCCAAAGAAAAGAAAGGUUGUUCUUAUAACAAGUUCAUGGCAUGUAAACCCCCGAUCUUCAACGGAGAGGUGGAUCCAAUUGCUUGUCAAAGGUGGAUAAGCGAUAUCGAGGGCGUUUUUGAACGAACGCAUUGUGACAUAAGCGACUUUGUGGCUUAUGGAACUGGCCAACUUAGAGGCCAAGCUAAGGAUUGGUGGGACAACCUUAGAAAUGAAAGGGGUGUUGAAGCAACAAGGGCGAUGACUUGGGAAGAUUUUAAAACGCCAUUUCUCAGACAUCAUAGCCCCAAGGCGGUAAUCAAUAAGAUAAAAGAAGAAUUUAUGAAAAUGAGGCAAAGAGGUGAAACCGUCGAUAAAAUCACGGGGACGUUUAUGGAUAAACUCAAGUUUGGUGACGAGUUGGUCAAGACUGAAGAACAGAAAAUUUACUACUAUCACAAUCUGCUUAGAGCCGAAUAUAGGGAGUUUAUGACUCCCUCACAUUACGAAAGCCUCACCGACAUAAUCAAUGCGGCACAUGAGCGCGAGAUUGAAUUGAAAAGACAAGUUGAAAGAGGCGAGAGAAGAGCCUUGGAUGAAAACCCAAGUCCCACAAAGAAGUCGAAGGUGGCUGAAUCUUCAAAGAAGGGAAAUGCGAAAGGAGGUUCCCCGAGUUGUAAGAUAUGUGGACGCGCCCAUAUAAGCGAAUGGUAUUUUAAGAACAAACCUUGCGUUGCAUAUGGCAAGACAGGGCAUGGGGUUUCAAACUGCCUAGACAAAGUGACGGGUGUGCUAUAA